AUGGUCUCGUUGGCAGGCUGCAGCGAGACCCAGAUCCUAGCCAGCACCCCCAUGGCUCGUGGCCACGCUGAGACAAAGCGGCGUUGGUCCUGGAUCACGGGAGACAUUGUGUACAUUUACGCCUCUGCCGUCCCGAACUAUUACCGCAAUGAGACUUGGUGCGUGCGCGUUACCGCUGAGAUCUCGCUUUUCAAUUACUGUAAUAUCAUUGAUAUUGCGGUGUUGUAUGGCUUGAGGUCCGCCUUGAGAUCUCGUAUCUUGGGGUGUUGGGGUGGUAGUGUGCACGGUGCUGGGACUAUAGGGCGGGAACGCACGGGAAACGGGGAGGUGGCGCCGCUAUCUGGGGUUGCCGUGUCCGCUUCGCUUCCAUGA